UAGAAUAGUUCCGAAAGCAGGCAGAUGUCCCCAGAAUGCCUCCAGCAGCGGGGAUAGUUGCCAAAUUAUAGAUGGGAGAUCCUGUUCAAAGAGUAAAUUUGUCAGUAACAGAAGGUUAACCAGCAAUGACCUUUCUGUUUUCUCCGCGUUGUAACACAGGGCCACGGAAAUGAGAAACAUUUGGGCAGAUGCAACACACCUUCAGGAACAGCCAAUCUGUGAUCUGAGUAGAAGAGGAUUCUGGUAUAUCUGGUAUCUCUUGCAUUGCAACUACUGGAAAUAGACUAUUUCACAUUUAAGGAAUGGAAAAGGAAGUGUUGACUUGCAUCGUUGCUGUCCGCUAUUUGGAAAUAACUGACAGUAAUAAGCAGUUGAUUUUUUUUAAUUUACGAGGGAGCUGCUAUAAGUACAUGUAGAUUAUUUGGACAGGGUCUUCUUUCAUUCUGCUGGAGUGUUGUCCUGUGAAAGUUGCGCAGGAUGACAUAUUUUUUAGCUGAUUCCGACAAGCCCAUUAAGACUGAAAGGAACAAUUGCAAUGGGAGACAACUUGUUUCUGUUAAGAACCCGCAUUUGGAUUUAAUGGAUGAAGACAUCCUCUAUCACUUCAAUUUGGGGACCAAAACACACGACCUGCCUGCCAUGUUUGGUGACAUAAAGUUUGUCUGCGUGGGUGGGAGCCCCAACCGAAUGAAAGCUUUUGCUCAGUUCAUGCAUAAGGAACUUGGACUGGAAGGAGAUGCCAAAGAUAUGUCGGAUAUUUGUGCUGGGACAGACCGGUAUUCCAUGUAUAAGGUUGGCCCGGUGCUCUCCAUCAGCCACGGAAUGGGUGUUCCCUCCAUUUCCAUCAUGCUCCAUGAACUAAUCAAAUUGCUACACCAUGCAAAAUGCUGUGAUGUUACUAUUAUACGCAUCGGUACUUCAGGAGGAUUAGGAAUCGAACCUGGCUCUGUUGUCAUAACAGAUAUAGCAGUGGAUUCCUUUUUUAAGCCUCAGUUUGAACAGGUGAUACUGGACAAUGUGGUAGUACGAAGCACCGAACUUGACCAAGACCUUGCAAAUGAAUUACUAAAAUGUAGCAGAGAGAUUGAAGAUUUCCCAACUCUAAUUGGCCAUACAAUGUGCACCGAUGAUUUUUAUGAAGGUCAGGGAAGAUUAGAUGGAGCGUUGUGCUCAUUCUCCAAUGAGAAAAAGCUAGAGUACUUAAAAAGAGCAUAUGAUGCUGGAGUUAGGAACAUAGAAAUGGAGUCUACUGUAUUUGCAGCCAUGUGUAGACUUUGUGGCCUUAAAGCUGCAGUGGUCUGCGUGACUCUCCUGGAUCGACUUGAAGGUGACCAAAUCACAGCAUCUCACGAAGUUCUAGUUGAAUAUCAACGACGACCUCAACAACUAAUUUCAAUGUUCAUCAAGAAGCACCUUGGACUAUGGAAUCAAACAGAACUAUUAGAUAAAGAAUUAGUCUGAAUAUAUAUAUAUAUAUAUAUAUAUAUAUAU